ACAUGUAAGUCGAUUUUCAGCCCAACUAUGUCAAUUUUACUUCAAUGACAAAUAUGUAGGAAAUUUAUUCAAGAAUCAUUCUACCAAGUUUUAAUUUUGUAUCUUACCGAGAUUUGAUUUAAAAAAGGUUUAUUCUGUACUACCUAAGAAUAUGUUUUUCCGUUUCCAUAGCAACGAAAGCAUAAACAAUAGUUUUUUAGGCUUUUGGCCAAUGAAAAUCUAUUUUUUUUACGAUUUUUGUACACGAUCCAUCUGCGGUCCUUUCCAAAGGUAUUCCAUUCCAGAUAGUUCAUUUUUGGAGGCCUGGCUACCUUUUACGAUGAGAUUCCUGAAGCGCGUCCUUUUCUUGCUGGCUAUUCACACUCAACGAUUCACUCGAAAACUAAAAUAUGUCUGACCGUCCGAAAGGUAAUCCUUACGGUUCAAAGAAAGAAGUUUUAUCAAGGAAAAGAAGCAGAAAGCGGAAGGGGUUUUGUGGAACCGCUAAAUCUACGAAAAAGCCCUCAAAUCCUGUGACCGAGAUCACGUUCGUACACGAUGCUGAUGUUGGCGAACAAGAAGAUCAAACCUUCGAGAAUCGUCCCAAAUCAGCGUCUAAAAAGAAACUUUCCGUUAAUAUGGAUUCAGAGGAAGACUGCAUUGAAGAAGAGGCAUUUAUACCGGCAAAAGGAUACCGGUUUGUGGAUUUAGACAGCCUCGAAGGCCUAGUUCAAAGAAUCCAUCGCCGGCUUGGAAUGUGUGAAGCUCUUCUUGAUAGUUUAGAGGCGAACAAAAAGAGAUUUCCCUCAGAUGACGGCAACGACCUCAUGGGAGCGAUCGCUGCGAUCUUCCGCAUCCAACACACGUACAACAUAACGGCGCACACAUUUGUCAACGGCAAGCUACCAGGAUGCCCCGCGCCGUCGAAGCUGACCGCUGACGACUGUUUUGAGCUUGGUACAGCCGCUUAUGGGGGCGAGCAGUACGCCAGGGCAAGGGAGUGGUUAGAAGAAGCGGAUCGCAUCCUGAAGGAAGAGCAUCAAGAGACUGCCACGAGCAGGAUCGAAGUGCUAGAGUAUUUGUCAUGGCUGCAGUAUGCGACUGGGGACACUAAGGCAGCUUUGAACUCGAGCCUUGAACUUCUCAGAAUAGACCCUAGGCACAAGUCCGUCCGCGAAAGCAUCGAGCAUUACUCGAAAGCUGUGAAACACGGGGAACCAGAGCUCAGCUACCCCCAAAUCAAGGCUAACGAGCAGCGGCUUAAUAUCGAGUACUUCGUCAACUCGGACUACUCCAAGCUGUGCCGUGGGGAACCUAUAAAAGUGAUGAGUGCGAAGUCGUAUCAUUGUUGGUAUGACAACCGAGGGGAUGCGCGUCUCCUUCUCAAGCCUAAUAAGGUAGAGCAAGUAAAUGAUGACCCCCGCGUGGUGAUUUUUCGAGGCCUGGUGACGGACAGAGAGACGGCACGCAUCAAGCAGAUAGCAUCGCCAAUGCUCAAUAGGGCCACUGUGUAUAACAUUGACACGGGUGUGCUGGAGUAUGCUGAUUACAGAGUAAGUAAAAGUGCCUGGCUAGAGGACCAUCUGGACGAAACCAUAGCAACCGUCAAUAAAAGAAUAGCUAUGGUUACAGGCCUGGAUGUGCAGACUGCAGAAAAACUUCAGAUCGCUAAUUACGGCAUGGGAGGACAGUACGAACAACAUACAGACCACGGGGAACCAGACUCUCCGCUCGCUAAUGACCCCCUCGGUAACCGCAUUGCUACUCUGCUUAUCUACCUGAAUGACGUAGCAUUGGGAGGCGCUACUGUGUUCCUGAAAGCGGGGGUCCAUGUCCCCCCAACAAAGGGGGAUGCCGUGUUCUGGUACAACCUCAAGAAGUCUGGUGAUGGCGACCCCUUGACUGAACACGCGGCCUGCCCAGUCGUAUGCGGUAGCAAAUGGGUUGCAAACAAGUGGUUCAGGGCGAAUGGAAACAUCUUUAAUCGUCCUUGCUCUACAAAACGCGACUUAUGACACUAUGAUUGGGUUGGCUCUUCAUCCAAUGCUGAAUGUUUCAUAAAUAAUCAUACCUCAAUAUAAUAUAAUAAUCACCGUGCAUAAUAAUUGUUAUUGGAACAUUCGGUAGGGAUGAUGGUGUUAUGAUGACGAUAAUUAUGGUGAUAAGUGUAUGGAUGAUGAUGAUAGCGGUGAUGACGAUGAUGAUGAUGAUGAUGAUGAUGACGAUGAUGAUGAUGAUGAUGAU